GCAGCCGUGACGUCGGCAGCGUUUCCGCCCGGCUCGCGCCCUCGCCACUUCCCUUCCUGCUGCCGGAGCCCGCGCCGCGCCCAGCAUCCGAAGGGAGCAGCUGCCGCCGCACCGCGCUCCGUCGCUAGCCGCGCCUCGCCGACACCAUGGCAUCUGGAGUACAAGUUGCUGAUGAGGUAUGCCGUAUCUUCUACGAUAUGAAAGUGCGGAAGUGCUCCACACCUGAGGAAAUUAAGAAGAGGAAGAAGGCUGUCAUCUUCUGCCUCAGUCCAGACAAAAAGUGCAUUAUUGUGGAAGAAGGCAAAGAGAUUCUAGUGGGAGAUGUCGGUGUGACAGUUACCGACCCUUUCAAGCACUUUGUGCAGAUGCUUCCCGAGAAGGAUUGCCGUUAUGCCUUGUAUGAUGCAAGCUUUGAGACCAAGGAAUCCAAAAAAGAAGAGCUGAUGUUUUUCUUGUGGGCACCAGAACAGGCACCUCUCAAAAGUAAGAUGAUCUACGCAAGCUCCAAGGAUGCAAUCAAAAAGAAGUUUCAAGGCAUAAAGCAUGAAUGCCAAGCAAAUGGGCCAGAGGACCUCAACCGAGCUUGUAUUGCCGAGAAGCUAGGAGGCUCCCUAGUCGUAGCUUUUGAAGGAAGUCCUGUGUAGAUGUCAUACAGUGCCACAACUCUACAAGCAUUCCAUGUUUUAAUAUAUCAGUUAUGUAAAGCAACCAUUCUAGGCAAGGGUUUCACUAACUGUAGGGAAGUUGUCUUGUAGAAUAAAGUAGAUUUUGGAGAUGUAGCUUGUAUGUACAAAUAACCCUAAAUAAAUCAAGUCUAAGGAUUUA